AUGUCACGUCACAGAUUGACUCGGCUCAUGCGCGGACCCACUCUCCUCGACUUGCGCACGCGCGCCACCAUAAAUAGCCUGCCUCAAAGACGCAAAGAGAGCAAGGCACAGAGACAACGAUCAAAGAUGGAAGAGGUGUCGGUGUUCGUGUUCGAGAAGCGGUGCGCGGAGAAGCUGCACAAGCCGAAGCGCAAGGAGAUGGUGACGGAGGUGCUGCGCGGCAGCGUGCGCCAGCUGGAGCGCUUCCGCCACCCCAAGCUGGUGCAGGUGGUGCACCCCGUGGAGGAGUGCGGCGACACGCUCGCCUUCGCCUGCGAGCCCGUGCUCGGCUCGCUCGCCAACCUGCUGGCCGCCAACGCCAGCGCGGGCCGCGAGUACCGCUUCCUCGACAUCGAGUACAAGUACGGCAUCCUCCAGGGCUGCGAAAAAACACAAAAUUGGACGCGCGUGCGAAAUUCUGCUGUCCGCGACGUGCGGCAGCUGACGAAGCCUGAGCCGCGUGGGGAUACGCGGGAUCAGCUGCCGAGAGCACGUCCGGCAGGUGUCGAAGCAGGAGCCGGAGGUGAGAUCACGGAGGCGCUGUCUUUCCUGCACUACUCGGGACACGUGCUGCACCGCAACGUCUGCCCCUCCAGCAUCCUCGUCACCAAGAAGGGCACCUGGAAGCUGGCCGGCCUCGAGUUCACCGAUCGCGUGAACGACAUGGACGGCCUGGAGUCGGUGCCGUGUCAGCCGUGGUCGAGCCGCCUGCCCAAGAUGGCGCAGCCAGACCUCGACUACAUCGCGCCCGAGGUGCAGACGACGUCGUCGUGCAGCAUCCUGAGCGACAUGUUCUCGCUGGGCAUGGUCAUCUGCUCCAUCUUCAACCAGGGUCGGCCGCUCAUACAGGCCAACCACAGCGCGUCCACCUAUCUCAAGCAACUAGAAGUGCUGGAGGAGCAGGUGCACAACGUGCUGCCGCGGGUGCCGGUGCCGCUGCAAGAGGCGGUGGUGCGCCUGCUGAGCCGCGACACGCGCCAGCGGCCCACCGCGCAGCUGCUCUCCCUCAUCAAGUACUUCAGCGACCCCUCGGUGCACGCGCUGCAGUUCCUGGACGUGAUCAACAUGAAGGACCCCACCCAGAAGUCGCACUUCUACCGCAACACACUCAAGGACGUGUUGCCCUACGUGCCCAGGAAACUGUGGUUCCAGCACGUGUGGCCGAGUCUGCAGCAGGAGAUGAAGACGCAGGAGGUGCUGGCCGCCGUGCUGCAGCCCAUCAUCUUCCUGGUCCAGGAGUGCACCAUCGAGGAGUACGAGUCCAUCAUCCUGCCCGCCUUCAGGAGCGUCUUCUCGAUCCCGAAGUCGAUCCAGGCGACGGUGACUCUGCUGGAGAACCUGCACGUCAUCCUGGAGAAGACGCCGCGCGACGACAUCCGCAGCGAGGUGCUGCCCAUGCUCUACAACGCCUUCGAGAGCACCACCAUACAAGUACAGAGCGCGGCGCUGGUGGCGGUGACCAACGUGUCCGAGUACCUGGACGAGGCGGCUGUGCGGCGCAUGGUGCUGCCCAAGACCAAGGCCGUCUACGAGAAGAACACGGCCGACCUCAAGCUCGUGAUGAACGUGCUGAGCUGCAUCGAGAAGACGCUCGACAAGCUGGACAAGUCGCAGAUCAUCGACGAGGUGCUGCCCCUGCUUUGGGACGUCCGCCUCGCCGACCCCGAGAUCACCAUUCGCGUCGUCAACAUCUACCGGCUGAUGCUGAGCGACAAGAAGUACGGCCUGUCGGUGAACCUGAUGGCGACCCGCGUGAUGCCGUCGCUGCUGCCGCAGACCGUCAACCCCAGCCUCAACCUCGACCAGUUCACCAACCUCCUCGAGGUACUGCAGGAGAUGCUCGACCACAUCGACAGGAACCAGCGCAACAAACUGAAGUUGGACAACCUGACACUGCCGAGCCCAGAGCGCCACCGCCCGCUGCGCCACCAGUACAGCUCAGAUAACAUGCACGUGCCACCCUUCAACAUCCCCAACCUGCGCAUCGAGCAGCGCAAGACCUCCAGCGCUGAGGACAUGGCACGCAAGAACUCGGCUGACUCAGGUGUGCUAGGUGGCUGGUGGUUUGGUGCAUCACCAUCGUCGCCAGACAGCAACUUCCUGCGCGUACAUAACGCCUUCCCCAACCGACGGCUGUCAGACAAUGCACUCAUGAUGCCACCCAAGAUCCGCGUGGCACCUAGCUGCGCCUCGUCACCUGGUGGCACGCCUGGCGGUGGCCUGCCCGUGCGCCGGCAUUCCAGCAUUGGCCCACAGGAGCGGCGUGGGUCUGCUGUCAACCUGUCGCCACCAACGCUUGCACGGAGCAUGAUCGGGGGAAGCAUGCCAAACACAAGCAGCAGUGUUCCAUUCUUGCUGAGUUCCAGUAUGAGCAGCAUACGCUCACGGCGACCAUCCGCAUGCUUGUCCAGCUCUCAAGGAUCAGGACUACUGCAGCAGCUCGGAUCAGGCAUGGUAAGACAGAUUACACUAGGACCCUCUUACCACCAUCCUGUGAAUGGAAGGGCAUUACCCACGACUGCUAGUGUCAGGAAAUGUCCUUCUUGGAUGUAG